GAGGGGAGGGAGGUUCCUCUCACACUAAACUGUGUCAUAUUUCUCCUCUGGCUGCAGUGGAACAUGUCCAAAGCCUGUUGAGCAGCCGGAGAGGUUUCAGCAGGCACUUUCCUCUAUCACAUAUAAGUGUGUAGAAUUCUGGUGUCCAACAGAACCAGGGAACUUCUUCUACUUCUUGGAUCAACAACCUCUAUAAGUAUCUUAGGGGGAUGCAAUUGUAUCAUUUGAAGCCAAACACCAAACAAAUAUCCUGGAGAUGCCCAUGAGGAGGAGACGUCUUCUUCUGAUGAACAAGUCAGUGUAGUCCCUACAACACUGUGUCAUUAGCUCCAUGUCCUGCUCCACUCACCUGCCCAACCAAAAGAAACAUCACACCCAUAGAAUGUAAGGAAUUCUCUUCCCCAAAAAUACCAAGAGUCUGAGAGUUUAACAUCAACAUUCUAAGAGCUCUCAGCUUGUAACCUCAGUUUGUGUCCAUCGGAACCUCACCACAAGUCAACAAUGAAAGAUUUCUUUUGUCUUUCAGACGAGGAGCUUCUCCCAGAGGACGAUGAGAUGCCAUCCUUCAGCCAGAGACAAAAUGGCCGAAUGCGAAGCAAUUGCUCCAGAUGUCAGAGGAAUGUGUCCCUGCAGACUUCAGUCAAAGUUUUAUAUGUUUUCGUUGUGGUUCUCGUCAUCGCUGUUGUGAUUCUUUCAACAUUAGUGUUCAGGAGAGUGGAUACUUUGUACGAUGACUUUGCCGCGUCCCAGUCCUACUAUAAGAAGAAGAUGGUGUCGGUUCAGUCAAAUCUUCAAGAUCUUGACAUUAAAUCAGUGGGCAAUUGUUCUUUCUGCCAUGAUGCCAGCCAGCUGGGGGACGAAAUCAGUAAGCUCCGCAUGGAACUGGAGGGGAUCCAGAAGAUGUUGCUGCAACAAGAGUUGGUUUUGGACCAGACAUCACAAAGCCACCAAAUUCUCUUGUCUGCUAAUGGUGACCUGGACAAUCAAAUCAUCAGGAGCAAUUUCACCCUGAGGCAAAUUAAUCAAACACUGGGGCUUUUCCUGGCCCAGGUGAAAGGGUGGCAGAUGUCAGCAGCAGAUCUGGAUACCUCUGUCAAAAAUCUGGUCCAGGAACGGUACGAUAUUAGUGUUGCUGUCCAACAAAUUAACUUUACUGUAAGUCAAACUUCAGAGUGGGUGCAGGUCAUACAGAGAAAGACAGAUGAGGAGACCCUUACUUUGCAGAAGAUUGUAUCUGACUGGCAGAACUACAGCAAGGUUUUUGGUGCAUUCAAGGCAACAUCAGCCAAAACCAUUGACCUGGUCAGAAACAUCCAGAGCAGCAUUGGCACAACAAUGCAGCGCAUCAGCCUUAACACAGAAGUCAUGCACGAUCUUGUUCUUCAAGUCAUGGGGCUUCAGCUGCAGCUGGACAACAUCACUUCCAUCUUGGAUGACCAUGACGAGAACAUGCAGGACCUCCAGUAUCACUCCAAGUACACCCAGAACCGAACGGUUGAACGUUUUGAGAGCCUGGAGGGUCGAAUGUUUUCCCAUGAAACGGAAAUCAGCACCAUAUUUAACAAUAUCAAUGCUACAGAUAACCACGUUCAUAGUAUGUUAAAAUACCUGGAUGACGUUCGAUUAUCUUGUACCCUUGGCUUUAACUCUCACGCCGAGGAAUUAUAUUACAUAAACAAGUCGAUGACACUCAUGCAGGGCACUACUGAUUUGCUGAGGGAAAGGUUUAGCUUGAUGAACGCACGCUUAGAGUUCGACAUGAGAAACUUAUCCAUGAUUGUGGAGGAGAUGAAAGUGGUGGACGUUAAACAUGAAGAAAUUCUGCAGAAGGUCACCAUUGUACAAGGUGCUCCUGGUCUUCCUGGGCCAAGGGGAACUAAAGGUGACACAGGAAUCAAAGGCCCUUUAGGUCCCAGAGGGGCAAAAGGAGAUUCAGGAGAACUAGGACCUCAAGGACCACAAGGACAAAGAGGAAUAGCUGGUGAUAUUGGACCACAAGGAGAAAAUGGACCAUUUGGAAUAAAGGGAGCAUCUGGAACUAAAGGUGAAAAGGGCAGCAUGGGCCCUCCAGGUUCUAGAGGUCAGAAAGGAACAAAAGGUGAUGUUGGGCCUCCAGGGCGUGAUGGACCUCCAGGUGCAAUUGGACCCCGAGGGCUUCCGGGAAAACCUGGACUUCAAGGAUUGAAUGGCUUUACAGGUGCAGAUGGACCAAGGGGCCCCAACGGGGAAGCUGGUUUCCCUGGGUCUCCAGGCUUGCCUGGUCCACAAGGAUUACCUGGACCAAGUCUUUCAAACUGAAUGUAACCAGUCAUGGACCAGUUCUUAGCCUUGGGAAGAAUGUUGGAUAACUGGUUUGAAUGUAUCAAUUCUCCAUCCCGCAUACAUUAAAAAUGAUGCGCAAAAUUUUAAACAUGAGUAAAGCACCUGGAGAACAUAAACCUCUAUUCUAAACCUCUGCACAUAUGUCUUUCCAUACCUGGGGAAUCAUGACUUACUUCAUACACUGAAGUCUUUACUUUUGAUUGGAAGAAAAACAAUAAUCAAAGAACAGUUCCUCACCUAGCGGCACCCUUUCUUCAAUGGCAUCAUUUGGACAUUUGCCUGUGCCUAUACGUCAAUUAUGGUCAUAUGGGUAUUGGCCAAGAAGGUCAUCCAAUCAUAGACUUGAGAUACAUUGCUGCUCAUCCAACCAGGAGACACUAAGUCGGUGUGCAUCUCCACCCUUUGUUCCAUACCAAGUUAGGUGGUAGAAAUCAAAAAGUACAAGGAGGCAUUUAAGACCAAGACUAUGGUCCUCUAGCUGGUUGGUCUCUCUCACAAGGAAUAAAAAUCAGCUGGUAAACAUUAUAAAUACUAUGCAAUGUUUGCCUUCAAUGAUAUCAGUUUGUGGCACUUUGAGUAAAUACCCUUUAACUCUUGCUUCAAAACUACUCCUGCUCCAUCUAUUCAUCCUUUAUUCCUCCUCAUUGUCCUACUAUUGAAGCACCUCUGCUAUAAAUAUAUAAAGUUAUGAAAUGUUAAUUUUGGGGGCCACAUGUUCCAUCAAAUAAAAUGAAACAAAAGAUUUCCCCUUCCAAGGAGCCAGGUUUUCUGUGGCAUAAAUGGAUUAUAUGAGAUGAGCGAGUAUUGACUGAAGGAGCUGGAGACCAAUGCAAAUAAUGCAGAGAAUUCAGAGUUACAACUGGCGGCUGCUCUGUAAAUGUUUAUAAACUUCUAGUCUUAUUAUAAUAUCAACUUGGCUGAUAAAUAAACUGGCUUGUGCACUGUG